CAAAUAACCCAGAGAUCUAGGCAGAUCUUUCUGUUUAUGCAUUGUUAGUUACAACAAUAAUCUUUUCCCCCCCAGCAGUUCCUUUGCAUUUAGCAGAAUUUGGAAUAUUUAUUAUAAUUUUAGCAAAUUAGGGAAGAAGGGGUGGAAUCUAUUGAAACACAAAGGGAGACGGGGAGCUGGUUGUCAUACAGAGCACUUUGUGUUCUGUGUGAAUAAACUUUACCCACUGAGUACUACACUAUUCUGUUUAUAAGCUCUCUGUAAUCACAGUCUAGUUUGUAAUUUAUUUAUUUCAUUCAUAUUUAUAUGCUACUGUAUCAUAAAAAUAUAUUACAGUGGUUUACAACAAUAUAAAACCAUAAAACCAUACAGUAAUGUUAGAAGAAUUUUAAGGUCUUGUUAUAAGAAAAUACUGCUCCUUUUCCCUUAUGGGGUAUCCAAGAGCCCGUAUAGAGUCCUUAAGUAGGUCCCCUAUUGGAAGGAGAAAAUAACAGGCCACCCAGAGAAUAUUGAGAAAAAGGGCAGCUACUAAGCCUGAUCUUUAUUAACUGUUGCAACAGGGUGCUCACUAUCACACGCAGGAGGCCCCAGAACAAUGGUGUGCAAGCCCUAUAUAGACUUUUCACACUGCCCACCCUGUCUACGAUGCAGGGGUUCAAAACAUUACACUCCAAGAGGAUCCUGUUUCUCCCAUUGCUGCUGGAUGCAAAAAGAAAUCAAGAAUGCUCAGCUUGCUGCGUUUAAGACUGCACUCAUAUUUCCUCCUUACCCACAUCAUCCCCAGCUGUAAUCCUUAAAACAACUGCUCUCCUUCCAACUCUAAAACUCCACUUGAAAGGCUUUUGUCCUUCUAACUAAUUAUGAGUGGAGAGAGAGGCCCCUCCCAUUUGCCCUCUGGCACAGCGCCACCCACUUUGUCCCACUAUAAACUCAUAUUCAGUGGGCUAUUACCAGGCUGGCUCCUGGCUUGUAUUUUAACAUGCUAAAUCCAGUGUGUGACACCCAGGAAUUUGAAGGGAGUCCAGGAACUCCACAAACUCAUAACAAUACCUUUAAUGAGAAAUUUAAAUUUCAUGAAAUGUUAUUGCAGGCGUUCCUCAUUCCUGAUGCCUGGCUCCAAGCCAUCCUCCAGUCCACCUCCCCGUCCUCUACCACAGCCCAGUCCAAGAAGAGGUGCUCAGAUGCGGCCAACAGUGUUGACUUGUGCUGCACCACGCAAGCAAGAAGUCACUCACACAGAUGGCAGUGAACUGCCCCUUGUCGUCCUGCCCCCUUCUGGGUCGUUACUACCCCAGGGAGCCCAUUCAGCAAGUUCAGGCCCUGCCCCACCCCACAGGAACAACACUGAGAAAUGGGACUGGGUUCAGUUCCCAGCCCCCCCCGCACUCCAUCCCAGAGACAGGUCCCCUGCGAAAGGAACACCUAUGGACAACACCCCUUGCUUUCACAGCCAUGAGGAAAGAGUCAUGUGCAGAAUGCGCAGAGAGUGGCUGGUGCAAGAAGAAUUGGUGAACAAAUUAGCUCUGCAGCUGGCACAAGAGAAGCAGAAACUGUUAGUCAUGCGCGCAGAGUUGGCACCUGCCUUCCUUUCACAGCAUCCAGAUGCACCAGUGCCAAUCAUUUCAUGCCAGUCUGAAGGGCCAAGGAAUGAGUUUGAGGGUUUGGAAUGCCACUCUAACAGCCAUGGAGCCCACCUCUGUUCAGAGAGAAGCCCCAGCAUAGAAUAUUACCGUCACACUCUCAACCGCCCACCUUUCACGUAUGCUGCCCUUAUUCGUUGGGCCAUCUUACAAUCUCCUAAGAAGCAGCUCAGCCUGAGUGAGAUUUAUCGCUGGUUUAACAACUUUGGCUACUUCAGGCACAAUGUAACCACCUGGAAGAAUGCCAUUCGACACAACCUGAGCUUGCACAAGUGCUUUGUGCGUGUGGAGAAUGUGAAAGGAGCUGUGUGGACGCUGGACGAGUUUGAGUACCAGAAGAAAAGGAACCAGCGUUACUCCACUUAUUCACACCCAUAUCCUGACAGCCAAGAAGCAGCAGCAGGGUCUUCUGCAACCCAAGAGAGACUGGGCCAGCCAAGAACAGAAAGGCGCAUCCACCACAGGCUGGAGUCCUCUCCGCACUUUUUGUUUCCUUAGGGACCAUGUGCUGAAGGAUCACAGUGCAGACUUCCCCCUGCAGGCGGCCUGGCAGCGAGUGUGUGUGUGUGUGUGUGUGUGCACAUGCCCCCCCCCC